AAACUUUCCUCAUAGAAAACACAUACCCUAAACAAACAAAGAGAAACACAUUACACCUCCAUGGCCACCCAAAGAAGAAGCAUAAACCAUGACCACCACCUUCUCCUCCUUCUCCUUCUCCUUCUCACCAUCUCCAUCCAAACCCUAGCCAUGUCUUCACACAAACCAAAAGCACAAAACUUAGAAUGGAUAACAUCCAAGCCAAACCAUAACUACAAGGGAUCCAUUGAAGACUACUUAGAAGUUGAAGAGCUUGAGCUUGAGCUUGGCUCCGAGAUCAGCCGCCGGAUCCUGGCCACUGCCGGCACUAUCAGCUACGGCGCCCUUCGCCGUGAUACCACUCCGUGCUCUCGCCGCGGCGCCUCUUACUACAACUGCCGUGCCGGAGCCCAAGCCAACCCUUAUUCUCGCGGCUGCUCCGCCAUCACUCAGUGCCGGAGCUGAUAUAUAUAUAUAUAUAUUAUUGAAAUUAUUAUUAUUAAUAAUAUUAAUAUUAAUAUUAAUAUUAUUAUGUAAUUAGAUCUCUUGAAAAUUGUAAUGUUUCUAUACUUUUUACUUUUUAAUUUAAAGUUAUAAUGGAGUUUUUAUGAAUU